GUGUGUGCGUGUGAUGGUGUGUACGUGUGCCGCGCGUGUGUAUGUGUGUGUUCCUUGCCUGUGCGUAAAGUCACCGAGCCUUGAAGAAAAAGUAAAUAACACAUCGAGUUCAUUAAUGGACCGGUGAAACGAAGCUGGAUUACAUUGUGGGGAGUUUUUGUGGUCUCUUGGAAGGUUGAGCAUCCUGUUGAUUAUUUUUUUGCUGUAUUUUAUUUUUUUUUCUUUGACAUUGAGGGUAUUCACAGUGAGUCCAGAUGUUAAUUCACACCUAUUCAGCUAUGGAGCGCGCAGAGGGACUGAGCAGCUCCUCACCGAGCGGGCGCCUCUCCCAGUUGUCCUCCCUCAACCAGGGCGCCUACUCUUCGGCUCCCCCCCUGUGCCACACUCCGGCCUCCGACUUCCAGCCCCCUUACUUCCCUCCCCCGUACCCGCAAUCCUCCCUGUCAUACUCCCAAAGCCAGGACUCGGCCUACUCCCACCUGUCGGACCCUUACCCCUCCAUUAACUCCAUACAUCAACAUCAGCAAGCCGCAUGGCACUCGCAGAGGUCGCGCUCCGACGAAGCGGGGCUUUUAUCGCAAACGCACCGGGCUCUCGGGCUCGAUCCCCGGAGGGAUUAUGCGGCUGUCCCCCGCUUGCUCCACGGUCUCGGGGAAGGAGCCGCCGCCCUGGGAGACGGACCCCUCGGGAUGCACAUAGGACAUCACGGCCUGGAUGAGCUUCAGGGAAUGGAGGAAGGAUCAGCCUUGGGCAUCCUGGACCACUCUGUCAUUAAAAAAGUUCCCAUCCCAUCCAAGCUGAACGGUUCGUCCCUGUCCGCCUUAUCUCUCGGUAAGGACGGCCUCGGCAUGGGCGCCGUGUCCAACCCGGCCGAGGUUUUCUGCUCGGUGCCGGGCCGCCUGUCGCUUCUCAGCUCCACCUCCAAGUACAAGGUCACCGUCGGGGAGGUGCAGCGGCGACUCUCCCCACCCGAGUGCCUCAACGCUUCUCUGUUGGGCGGAGUCCUCCGCAGGGCCAAGUCCAAGAAUGGUGGCCGCUGUCUGAGAGAGCGUCUGGAGAAGAUUGGCCUCAACCUGCCUGCCGGGCGACGCAAGGCAGCCAACGUCACUCUGCUAACAUCUCUGGUGGAGGGUGAGGCUGUCCAUCUGGCGAGGGAUUUCGGGUACGUGUGCGAGACCGAGUUCCCCGCCAGAGCCGCCGCCGAGUAUCUGUGCAGGCAGAGCGAGCCCGACCAGCUUCCGACGCGGCGCAGCAUGCUGCUCGCUACCAAGGAGAUCUGCAAGGAGUUUGUAGACCUCAUGUCCCAGGAUCGCUCGCCACUCGGGGGCAGCCGACCCAGCCCUUGCCUGGAGCCCAGCCUCCAGGGGAGCCUCACCCACUUCAGCCUGCUCACCCACGGCUUCGGCACUCCCGCCAUCUGCGCCGCGCUCUCCGCUUUCCAAAGCUACCUGAUGGAGGCCAUCAAAAUGCUAGACAAAGGAGACGGCGGAGGGAAAGGGCACCAUGACAAGGAGAUGAAGCAUCGUAAAUAAACAUGGCAGAAAAAAAAAAAAAGAGGCCAGAACUUCUCUGUGUUGCAACCUUUGGGACAAAUCGAGAAACGAGUCCAGAAGAUGUACUGUGAUGUACUGUAAUGUUUGUCCAUAAACCUUACUUCAAAUGGACCUCUUCUCAGUAACAUCCACAUCAGGAUGAACUCUUACAUAUGGCAGUAUUGUUUUCCUUUUUUUUUUUUAAAAGGCGUGUUUGUGGAAGUGGAUUUUUCAACCGUUUUUGGACUCAUGCGGGACGUGUCGUACAUAAGCCAUAUCUGGGGCAACAACCUGCUCUUUCGCCGACGGGCUUCAUUCUCGGCUCGGGUUUGUAGUUUUUAGCAGGGUGCUCAUGGGAAAUGGAGUUGCAUGUUUCAUCUGCUGUGGGAAGAGAGAAAGUUGGAAAUGCAGCUCAAGGCGAGGGUAGGAAGUUCUCCUUGUUGUGUAUAUAAGUUAAGAAAAGAGCAAAAAUCAUUUUGUACUUUGUGUGUAUGUUUAUUAUUGUUAUUACCGUUGUUAUUAUUGUAUUACAACAUAAAUGUAAUAUAUUAUUAAAAAAAUAUG